AUGUGCCUAACCCGAUUAGUACACGACACCAGUGGCGAUGUUUCCGCGGGCUUGCUGACAAGCCACUUCGGUUGGCGGCCUUUUUCUUCGUACUGCGGUCUGUUCCGGGCGCCCAUCCGUAUCGGAUUGACGAUGCGAUGCAUUGCUUCAGCUGCGCGUAAUGUGAUUUUACUGGGUUUGAAUGAGAAGCGGAAACAGGUUGGCGGAUUGAUUCGACCGGCGAUCUAA